UCGGGGGACUCGGGGGACUCGGGGCGGGAGGCAGGCGGAGCUCUGAGGACGCGGGAUCCGAAGUGCCUUAGCCGUGUCCGAGCCGGGUCGCCACCAUGGGGCAGAUCGAGUGGGCCAUGUGGGCCAACGAGCAGGCGCUGGCGUCCGGCCUGAUCCUCAUCACCGGGGGCAUUGUGGCCACGGCCGGCCAGUUUGCCCAGUGGUACCUGGGCGCAUACUCCAUAGCGGCAGGUGUGUUGAUCUGCCUGCUAGAGUACCCGCGGGGUAAGAGGAGCAAGGGCUCCACCAUGGAGAGGUGCGGACAGAAGUACCUGACCAGAGCGGUGAAGGUGUUCGGGCCCCUCACCAGCAAUUACUACAUCCGGGCCUUCCUUCACCUCGGGCUGUCGGUACCUGCUGGCUUCCUGCUCGCCACCAUCCUGGGCACAGCCUGCUUGGCCAUCGCAAGCAGCAUCUACCUGCUGGCGGCUAUCCACGGGGAGCACUGGACCCCCAUCGAGACCAAGCCCAAGGAGCGGCCGCAGGUGGGGGGCACCAUCAAGCAGCCACCCAGCAACCCCCCGCCCCGGCCACCAGCCGAGGCCCGCAAGAAGCCGAGUGAGGAGGAGGUGGCAGGGGUCCCUGGGGGUGGCCCCCAGGAAAACCCCAUGCCGGUGACUGAUGAGGUCGUGUGACCAGGGCCUCGAGCCACUCCCGUCCCGCCAAAGCUUCGAGGGCUUCUCCUGCAGACGGGUGGGGGUGGGCAGCCCCCAGCCCAGGGCACCCCCUUUUCUGCAGACUCCUUCAGGUUCACCGGCAACAGGGCUGUCGUCUUCCUCACGGGCACUGGGAUCUCAGUGCAUCGCCUGUUCCACGAAACACGUAUCUGGAAUUCCAACUGUUUGUGUUUCUACUCUGGAAAAGAACGUCUCAGGUCUGGGGGGAGGGUGUGUGUGUCCCCCCAGCUCCCUGACCUGCUAGGACUCACCUGCUGCAGCACCCCUUGGACCACCCUGGGGCCAGUGUGCCGUGGGCAAGGUGCCCACUUGGGACUUCCGCCCCAGCCAGGUCGCCAAAAUCGUUACCAAACCAAACCCGGGUCUGCUCACCCGUGCACAGCAAAGCCAGUCUGCUGACACGCGCUGUGGUGAAGGCAGGUGUGGGGUUUACUGCAGGCACCAGCAAGGAGUCCGGGCAGCUCGUGCUCCAAAGCCCCCAACUCCCUGGUGGCUUUCAGGGAAAGGCUUUUAUAGACGGACGGAGGGAGGGAGGGAGCGUGGGGGAGUCAUCAGCGGGUGAGUGAACCCAAAGUGGGUUCGGUUAACACGUACACACCCACACACCAUACAUGCCCCCGCGCACACACCGCACACACACCACAGUAGCCAUGGCGGGCCCAGGAGCCCCUGUGGCCCCGAAGCUUUGCCUGGCUUCAGCUCACACCCCAGCCUGGGAAGCCCCUUCCUUCCCCGGCACCCACUCCCCCGAAGUCUGGAAAAGCCCUUAAAUCGCUCGCUUCCUGCUCUCACACUUUCAGAGCUGGGGGUCUCUAGGGACCUCUGGCCUGGAGGGCACACUGCCUGUCAGCCAACACUCUUCGUCUUCAGCAUAAAUCCAGUCGGCCCACCGUUCCUCCGCCCCCACUCCCAGACCACUCCCAGCACUGCCCUGUCCCGCCCAGUGCCCGGCUCGGAGCCCACAGGCUCCCAUAGCCCAGGACGGACACUGUCUCCGGCCCCCGCCCGCACCUGCUGUGGCCCUUGUCACCCCGUCCACUGGGCUCCAGCCACACUGCCCCCCGGGCACAGGCAGGCCACCUUCUCAGCCUCUGCACAGGCCAUCCCCUCUGCCUGGAGCACUGGGCCCCGGAUGGCCACUCAGGUGGUGCCCAGGUGGCCACCACUGCAGCCCCUCUCCCUUCCCUUAUCCCUUCACCACCAACCGGCCCAGGGCUUCGCUGAUGGGGCCGUGGUGGUCGGUCACCCACGGGGCAGGUGGGGAGCUAUCCAUUUUGUUCACAGCUCUGAUCCUGGUCCUGGGCACAGGGCAGAAACUCUGUAAGUGCUGAUUGAAGACUCCUUCCAAGCUCAAGAUAAAGGUUACCUCCUCCGGGUAGCCUUCUGAGACCCCUCCCCUCUUCCUGGGCCUUACACACAGCAGGUGUCAAUCAGCAGGUGAAAGUGGCAGGGGGGUGCAGACAACUGCCCUGCAGCCCCACAGCCCUUAGAGCUGACGUGCGUCACAGGUGUGGGGACUGAGGCUCCAAAGCGGGCAUCGUAGCUGAUCGAGAACUGCUGAGGCCACGCACUCCUGGGCCCCUAAACUCAUUGCCCCAAAACGUGCUCUGAGCCAGGACCUUCUGUCGUGAUAGGUCAGGUGGUUCUCAGGUGGCUGGCUGGGUGCCUGAGCUGGGAGGUGCCCGUUAGCUUGGCUGCCCCUCGUCUGGCAGGUCACCCGUGGUGGACAGAAGCCCAAGGGGGUUUCCAGAGCUGCCUGGGCCUCUGCUGGGGUUGGGGGAGCAUGACUCAGCCAGGCUACAGAGACAUGUCCCCCUGAGCGGACCCCCGGGAAGUCACCCCAGGACACCUGUCCAUGGGGUAGGGAGGUAGUCCCCAGGGGCCACACCCACGUCUGUGGGGAGAGGGCUGGGCUUUGGGAGUGAGUCCCAUCGCCAGACCCGGGAGCUACUGCAUGGCCAGCGGGGCACACCUGGGCUCCACUCUGUUAAAACAUAACCCCGCCCUGGGUGCACCUGGGCCCAUGCAUAGACCUUCCUAGAAGGACACGCCACGAUCUGGGCCAGUGGCUGCCCCUGGGGGGCCAGCUGGGUGCUAACGACCAGGCAGCGUAGAGGGUGAGAGAGUGGCUUCACCCACUGCCCUCUGUGCCAGCCAGUGUUGUGCUCUGAGAUGCCGUUUAGCCGUGAGAC